CCUAUAAAAAGAACACAUAUAAUUAGACAAUGAGAAGGAAAGGGAGGGCUAACGUGAGCACCAAAGUUUACAUAAAUUACAUGUAUUUUUGCAUCUCUCUUGUGCUUCAUUCCAGGUUGUCUCACUAAACGCCCCAAUGGCUGCAUCCUGACACUAUCAUCUGUUCAAGCUCUUUCCUCCUACCCCCCCAUUCCAGCUCCUCUUCCCUCCUCCUCAACCUGUGGCCUAUUUAUACCCCAGAGACUCAAAAGAGCCCAUUAAAGCUCCCUCUUCAGCCAGGACAACAGUGAGCAUGAAUCCGAUAACGUAUGGUCAACCCGAGCUCCGGCCUCAUCACCUUCUCUUUGACAGCUCCACAUAAGGAAAAGUAAGGCUCAGACUACUUUGAAUUCUUGAAAUACAAGAAAACUUUAACUGCAUUGAGCUUCAGAUCAUAAACUGAUAUUCUGUUGUGGAGAGGACUGUUUGCAGCCGUAGCAGAUUUGGGAUAUUCUGGAUAAAGCAUGUGUUUGGGUUCAUGGACCGGAAGUUCUGUGCCAUUUGCCUGAAAUACAGGGAAACACUCAUUCAUAACAUUUGUUUAUGAGCUCAGUUGAUGAAAUAGCUAUGAGACUAGGGCAAGGAGACUGAAAUAAUCUACCUUCUAAAUGGCUCACACAUUCAAAGGUAAGUCAAGGUUUUUCUCCUGUUUGAAUUCACGCUAUAUCAACUUAAACAUUGAAUCUGUGGUAGUAUAAUAAAUAUUAAUUUUGUGUUGCUGCUGGCCAUUUAACUUUUGCAAAUUCAUGUGUUGCUAGUCUGAUGUGAUCAGACAAGAAAAGAAGUAUUGUAGUGGUCUUGAAAUAUGGAUAUGGGUUUGCCUUGCAGUUAAAUAGAAGCAGCACAAUAUAGCAGUUGUAUUUCUUGUCAUCAAGCCUUUUAGUUUUAGUUUAAAGGUAGAUUUUAAAAGGGAUAAUGUUGAAGAAUCAUUCAUUGUGCAAUGAGCCACAAAACAAUAUAUUUUUCUGUUACUGCACAUCCAGACCUCCACCAUCCCCAGCCAUGAGCUAAGCCCAGGCCACCCUGGGCGUCCCUUGCAGGAUGACUGCUGUCUGCCCCUCCGACAGCAGCCCAGAAGGGGCUGAAGCUGGGGCCGGGACAGCAGGCUGCAGGGGGCCGGGGGCAGCAGGAACCGCUGGGAGCAUCUCGGUUUCUGUGGCAGAGACAGCGGAGUCUAAUGGAGACUCUGUCGGAGGUUCAGCUGGAAGCACAGCUGUGGUCACCGGUGGCCAAAGGUACGCACGCUGGAGCCGCCAGGACAGCUCAGACAUCAACACAGACGAUGAGGGAGCCACCAUCCGCCGCCUCACUCCGCUGGAAAGGCUGAACCUGGAUAUGUGCCAGGAUGAUAGGGUGGUCCGUGAGCUGACAGUUGGCAGAAGAAUCGGCUUCUACAAAAUUCGAGGAGAGAUCGGCUGUGGAAAUUUCUCCCAUGUCAAACUAGGAAUUCAUGCUCUCACCAAAGACAAAGUGGCCAUAAAGAUCCUAGACAAAACCAAGCUGGAUCAGAAGACCCAGAGGCUGCUGUCCAGAGAGAUUUCUAGCAUGGAGAAACUGCACCAUCCCAACAUCAUACGCCUCUAUGAGGUGGUGGAGACGUUGACACGUUUACACCUGGUGAUGGAGUAUGCAGGGGGAGGGGAGCUCUACACAAAGAUUACUACAGAGGGGAAACUUUCUGACACUGAUGGCAAGAUCGUCUUUGCACAGAUCCUGUCUGCUGUUAAACACAUGCAUGAAAACAACAUCAUCCACCGUGACCUGAAGGCAGAGAAUGUCUUCUACACCAGCAGCUCUUGUGUCAAGGUGGGGGACUUUGGCUUCAGCACGCUGAGCCGCCGCAGUGAGACUCUAAACACAUUCUGCGGCUCUCCGCCUUACGCAGCACCUGAGCUCUUUCGGGAUGAGCACUACGUUGGCGUUUUUGUAGACAUCUGGGCCCUGGGGGUGAUGCUGUUCUUUAUGGUGACAAGCACCAUGCCGUUCAGGGCGGACACUGUGGCCAAACUGAAGCGAUGCAUCCUGGAGGGGACCUACAUACUGCCCUCAUGGGUGCCGGAGGCAUGCCAGCGGCUGAUCAGGGGAAUCCUGCAACCCAUACCAUCUGACCGCUGUACAGUGGAGCAGAUGAUGGGCUGCGAGUGGCUGCUCCCUGUGGACUUCCCGCGUGCCAUGGAGCCCUUUAAACUAGACCCAUCCUACCUAGCAGAGGAUGAUCCAUCUGAACUCAGGGAGGAAGAAAUGGAGGUGAAAGUAUCGCUGGAGACACUAGGAAUCACCUUAGAACACAUCCUUAACAACCAGGGGAAAGACUGCAGGAGCUCUAUCACAGGGGUCUACAGGAUCCUGCUCCACCGUGCUCACAAGAAACGGGCUGUUGAGAGCAUACCUGUGGCCACAAAGGUAGCCAGACCAACUACAACGAGCAAAAAGGAACGGCUUAAAGUGUACCGUAGUUUAAGGCACACAUCUAAACUCUGUGUGAUUCUGUGACAAAAUGCUCUGCUUCACUCUGGAAAUUAAUUGACUUUAUAGUCUGGGGUGAGAUUGCAUGGAUUUCCUUAGAAAUAAAAAAGUGCUUUUCAGUCCAGCAGUUAAAAUUUAAGAUAUGGUAUAUAACCCCACUCAGUUCCUGAAAUCUGGGAUUUCUUACUCUAGUAUUUUUCUUCUAGUAGUUAAUAUUAGUCUCUGUGAGAAUGUUGCUGCCAGUGAAUCAUUAUGAUCUCCCUUUUUGACAGGGGUAGAGACCUGUACUGCUCAUGACUUGGAAUUGUUAUGAAAUACAGUUAAUUUAAAUAAACAUAAUGAUGGUUAGAUCGCAUACAGGAUUUUAUUUGGGUCAUGCAGGCCAGAUAUUUAUAGCCCACAAAUAUGCUAUGCUGAGUUGUGCUGGAACAUCAAUAAA